UUGUCAAAUGUUUAUGUUUGUCAUCUGACCCACAGUUAGCUACUAGCAUUAGUAUUAUCAGGUCUCUCUUCCUUCCGAGUAUUUAUUGUAUGAGCAAUUGUAUCUGUUUUUGUUGGAAGGAUAAGGGGGGCAGCUUUGUAGUAAUUUCUUAUUGUAAAAACAGUGCUAAAAACGCCAGUGUUGCCAUCUGGUUAGCUCGCUUGUUAUUUUAUCUGUAGGCAUGUCAUACCAGUGUUAUUAGAUAACGUUAGCGAAGUUUAUGAAUGCCGUUUAUUUCCUUUUUUUCAUUCUUCGCCUAAAAUAAAAGGUAAAUGUUGAAGAUCCCUUGGUCAUCAGGGUGCAAGACGGAGGUAGUCGUUCUAUUUAUACUAGUAUCAAAAUGGCAUUUGAACGUCAAAUUGCUAACUAAACACCGCAUGUAACUGUAUUCUACAAGAACAAGGGCACACUGUUUUGCCCUCUGCACGCACGGAUAAACCAUUUGCUACGUUUAGGCCAUGUCAUGCGUUGUGUAUUUAGAGUAGAGCAAAACUAGGAUGCAACGACGCAACUUUUGGAGAUGCCAUGCUCACGCACACUCGUCUAGUUCUCCACGGCCCAAUGCCUACUAGUGCUCACUUGGGGCAUUCGUAUCCUAUGUGAUAAUUCGAAAUACAAGGUGACGGUGCGUAGGAGAUGCAAUCCGUGCUUCUGCGUCUGGCUGUAGUGGCGGUCCCUAUGGGUUUGCUACUUUCCAGAAGCAUGGCGUGGAUGUCCAGCGGCAAAACACAUGCGGAACUCAUCAGUCGUUUGAGAGAUCACGGGGUAAUCCGCAGCGACCGUGUGUUUGAUGCCAUGCUUUCCACUGACCGAGGGAUUUACUCGAGGGACUACCCCUAUGCAGAUUCUCCACAGUCGAUAGGUUACAAGGCUACCAUCAGCGCACCACAUAUGCAUGCCCAUGCUUUGGAAGUCCUUAGUGACAAGCUUACAGAUGGGGCCAAUGCAUUAGAUGUUGGCUCUGGAAGUGGUUACCUCACUGCUUGCUUUGCCAGAAUGGUAGGGCCGACUGGAAAAGUGGUUGGGAUUGAUCACAUUGACGAGCUGGUGCAAAAAUCUGUGAGACAUGUUCAAGCUGAUGACCCGGAGCUUCUUUCCUCUGGUCGGAUAAAGCUUAUAGUGGGCGAUGGCAGACUGGGCUAUCCAGAAGAAGCCCCCUACGAUGCUAUCCAUGUGGGAGCAGCAGCACCAACAAUUCCCAAGGAUUUGCUGGACCAGCUUAAGCCUGGCGGGAGGCUAGUGCUGCCUGUGGGGCCGGAAGGAGGGAGUCAGGUUCUGGAACAGUACGACCGCCAGACUGAUGGAACCUUCCUCAAAAAGGCCCUCAUGGGUGUGGUGUACGUCCCGCUCACAGACAAGGACCACCAGUGGCCAAGGUGGCGCUGGUGCUGCAGGCCUUGGUGUCUGUAGGACGGAGGGAAAGGCUUGACUCAUCCCGGCUCAGAGCGCUGCCUAGCAACACUCGCAAGCCCCCACCAGCCAGCCCUUGCUCUGGCAGUUUGUCUUCCCAUUUCGUGCUCAUUGACCACGACAGAAACACAAGGAUGUUUUAGUGCCUGAUAUGAAGAUGUUUAUGUUGAUUGAGAUUGGAUAGUGAAUGAGCACUGUAAUGCUUUGCAUUUUCCCAUUUUAUGUUAGCUCAAGAGGACUAAUAUGCAGCUUUAAGGGAAACUGAUUGGGCUUCUGUAACUGUUAUGAAUUUCUUGUUUAAUUUUUUUCUCAUGGAUGGAUUUCUGCAAUCUAACAAACACAAAUAAGUUUAGUGUCUGUACUCAGUGUGUGAUAUGCCAAAUAUAUGCAGAAUUGCUACUGUUGUAGACCUAAAAAUGAAAAUAACACAAUGAGUCAUGGUUAGCAAACAAGUAGACCUACUCGAUGAUGGUCUGUGAGACUAUUAGGUAUUCAUUUGUAAAUGUUCAUUAUAAUAUUUCUUUUGUCUGGGAGCUCAAUACUCUACAGACCGGGUACUUUAUGUAUUUCACUUGUGUGCAUUUCAUGUUUAUAAAUAAAGUAACAAUAUCCUA